ACGUAAGUGACGUCACACGGAAGCGAAAAUAAAACGAGACAUCAACUUCUCAAACUUCUUUAAACACAUUGAUUUUUAACUACAAACAAGGUUAAGGGACAUUUACACAGUUAAUAAUAGCACUAGCGCUAAAAGAGGAAUGGCGGAUCGACUGACUCUUCGCUGUGUUUAACUUUCAUUGUGACUACAUUGAGAUUCAUAUUAAGUAUGAGUGACCAGCAGCAGGUGUCGCUGUUACUGCAAGAAUGUCAUCGACGCGCACUAAGCGGACCAGACGAAGCAGGGUGCGCGCUCCCGCAGCAAAGCGGGUUCUUUCCAGAUGAUCUAAGCACGCUCUUACAGGAAGCUGCGGACAGGAAGUGGCCCUUCGUAGAAGAGAAAUGGCAGUACAAACAAUCUGUGACGUCCGAGGACAAAAUCAACUCAUCUGACCUCAUCGGACGACAUUUACCUCAGUUACUGCGGUUUCUCAGAGACAGCAUUGUAGCCGAUGAGCCGAAGUGGGCCGUGGCAGUGGUCUUCUUGGUGGAUCGUCUUCUCUAUUGGAUGGACAGCUCUCAUGUGCUUCUGAAGAUUGCUAAAGCGUUGCACAAACGUUAUCCAGAGAUCCCCAUCGCCCCUCAGAUCAUCAUCAGACAAGCUCGUGUUUAUCUGAACGUCGGUAAACUGCAGAAAGCAGAGUUCAUCCUCAGCAGCCUGAUAAAUAACAAUGGUUUAACAGGCUCAUGGACGUAUGAGAAGAUCAGUGACCAGACGCUGGUGCAGGCCGUGAGUCUGCAGGUGAGAGGACAGGUGCUACAGAAGUUAGGUCUGUGGAUUGAUGCGUUUGAAUUGAUCUGGGCGUCUCUGGUCGGGUUUUAUGCUCUUCCCCAACCUGACAAAAAGGGCAUCGGGACGUCUCUCGGCAUUCUCGCACACAUACUCAUCUCUAUGAAUGACAACGACUUUGAUGCGCUUCAGAAAAUGACUCAUAUUGACUUUAGUUUAUUGGGAGAAAAUCGUAAUCGUCUGCUGUCUGCAGCGCGGUUGGCUAAAAUGGCUGUUGUGUACAGUCAGUAUGGGUCUCUGUAUGUCCUGACCAAUGUGGUCGCCCAAGGAACUUGUUUGCUGUCCUACAGUUUCUCUGACAAAUGUUCAGCUGAGGAGCAGCACCUUUAUCUUGCUUUAGCUAAAGAAGCUUUUGAGAUCGGACUGCUGGCGAAUACAACGGGAAACGUCGUCACAAGUAAACUGGAGUUACACACUUUACUCAAAGCGUCCUACUGUUUAGCCACAACACACCGAUGGAUGACAGGCCCGUCUGAGAAAGUCACCACAGCGAUGAAAGCGUGUCAGGAAGGCAUGACUUUAUUAUCCGAGUACUCCACUACAGCAGAUAUCGCUCUGUGUACAGAGAUCAUGGUUAAGAUACAACAGAUUAAGUCAUUACUAAACGUAAAACCCUUCAGUAAUUCAGAUCCACGCUCCUUCAUCCCCGACAGCUAUCGUUCUGUGGAGUUUGGGCCUAUGCGGUUCACACUUGCCGAUUUCACAAAGUUGAUUGACAGUUUUAGAAAGCACCACAGAUCGGUGUGUGAGACUUUCGAGAUCAAUGCUAGGAGGGUAAGAACAGGAGAUCGUAACUCGACUCACAGCUGUAUCACAGCAUUUCAGAUAGACACAGAAGCAGAACGCUCCGAGAUCACUGCACGCCCCGAACAUCCCAGCGACCUGAAGACUUCCAGCCCACGUGAGGAGGUCAUGGGUAGAUUCAUUGAGCAAAGUUUGAGAAAAAAGUCCAGCGGCACAUUUUCCUCCAGACAGAAUUCAUCUAGCAGCGGAUCCUCUUUUGUUCUGGUUGACCCGAGUUGUCUUACUGAGAUUUGUGAUGAUGAACAAAGCAGCCAUGGAUCUUCUGGAGGUCAGGCGAGAAAUCAAAGCCAUGUCGCUCCUUCGAUGCCCAAACUGCAAAGCAGUCAAAAGCAACCGACGCAGGAGCUCUGCAUGACUGAAGACGGUGAGCCACCGGUCGCUGGAGAUAUUGGUAAGAAAAGUCUGAAAGCAAAACCUUCAGUAUCUUUUAGCAGUAGUUUAGACUCAUCGUAUGAACAUAUACCAGUCCAAACACAAAGCAACAUCGAAACCAUAGAAGACAUACUGGACUCCUCACAGUUUGACUGCGGCGUCGCUUCCCUUUCAAUAAACGAUCAUGAGGCAAAGGUCAGGAGUGGAGAUGGGAGCAUGUCAUCCUAUUCGCUGGGCGGCAGCUUUGGAUCACGCUCCUCUUGGGAGAAAUUGUCCAUGAGUCCUGUAAACCAGGGUUCUGAAUUAAAACAGAGGAAGGAGAAGACCGAUCGAGCGCUUCAGACCCCGACUCUGUCCACCACUGAGAGCGAUCCGUUUGAAGAGCUGGGAUUUGAGGAUCUGUCUGUCCUUGACAAGCAUCAAGAGACCGUCGACGUCUCCUCCUCUUCAGAAGAUAACGCAGAGUCAUGCCACAGAUGUUUCAAGAACUGCAUGAUGGGAAGCGAUGUGCUGACAGAGCGUGACUACAGGUGUCUGUUUGCUGGAGUUUGUCAUAGUUGCUUAAUCGAGAGGCUGCCAAACGAACCGAUGAAAGCGCUGGACAGCAGACAGCUAAACCGUUCAUACGAUGCCGUCGUGUUGAAAUACUCGAAGGCUUCGGAUGUGUGGAUGGGCUUUAAAAGCAGCGUUUUUAUCGGAGAGAUGACCGGUGACUGUGGCACACAGAGACGAGCCGUGGAUGUGCAAUAUCUCCACCAGGAGCAACUGCUGAGCAGAUAUGUGGGUAAGGAGUAUCUGCAGGAGAAGGGACUUCAUGCCCACCUCGAUGAUGUGGAGCGUCAGAUGACCGCACAGCACUACGUGAAUGAGUUCAAUAAACGUCUCUACGACAAUAACGUCACGACUCAGAUCUUCUUCAUCCCCUCAGAAGUGCUGCUGGUUCUGGAGAAGGAUCGUAUUAAAACGUGUUUGUCUGCAGAGCCGUACAUGUCUGGAGAUUUCAUAAAGCUUACAAACAACACAAAACGUACAAAAACUGAGCACGAGGCGACAAAGUUUGGCGUCGCUUUUGGUCAUUUUACCUACGAGUUCUCCAACUGUGAGGAGGUUGUGGUGGAUCUUCAAGGAUGGGUCACGAGCAACGGUAAAGGUUUGACCUAUCUGACAGAUCCCCAGAUUCACUCCCUCAGAAAGCCGAGGUCAAGCAACUUCAGACAGACUGGAAUCAACAACUUUCUCAAAUAUCAACAUGGAGAUGAAUGUAAUGAGAUCUGUCACGCGGCUGGACUCAAGAUAAUUGACACACAGAAAUUACUUCUAUAAAAGACUAAUAAUAAUAUUAUAUUUAUAAUAUAAUAUAUAGGGCCGGUUUACUAGACGGGGAUCAAGUCUAGUCCUAGACUAAAAUACAUGUUUGCACUGACAUAUCUUAACACUGGUGUAUCUUAACAUAUAUCUGUGUCAUUGUUUUGUCUCAAGAUGCACACCAGUAAUGUUUUUUGUAAGGUUUGUUAGUAAAAACUACUUAAAUAUAUAACUAAUAUUAACAAAGGCCCAGCCCUGGAUUAAUCUAAACCCUGUCGGUUAAUUUGACCGUGAAUGUAAUCCUAUGGUGUGAAAGUGCUGUCAGUUAAUGAAUUUGUGACAUCUGAGCACAGAAACUUAUGGAUUGAAUAAAUUUGAGUUUCAUUAUGUGAAA